AUGUUUUCUUGCCUACAACUAAUCAAUGCCGUUUAUCAGGACUUCCAAUCCGCACAUACUUUACUAUCAUACUUAGUUUCGGAAAUUAAACAACUAGCAAAAAUUGAAGCUAAAGCAGUACGCGCUGUUCGUAUCGCUUUCGUCAUCCUAGCUUGUUUAUUGUACUUGUUGAUAGAGUGCAAUAUUAGUAAUAGCCUAACGUUGACAGCAUUUACACAUUUGUUGAUAUUCGACUUAUUGUCGGUUAUUGUCGCACUAAUAAGCUUUUGGACUAACAGAAAAAAAGCCUCCAUUGAAUCCUAUAGCUUGGGGUAUGAAAGAUUUGAAGUAGUUGCUGUUUUUGCUUCCACUAUCCUGGCUAUUCUCUUAUCGUUUUUUGAAAUAAAAGAGGCUGUCGAACGGAUAUUUGAACCUGCAGAGAUCUCUUCUAAUCAUAUGCUUACGCCUUGUUUAAUAGCAUUUGGUGUUCAUCUUCUUUCCGUUUAUGGAAUUGAUAAUAUGGCUUUUGCACAUGUUAUCCAAGCUUGUGGAUCAAGUUGGUUACAAGAGCAUACAACUGAUAUAAGCCGGACAAUCUGUCGAAUUAUUCCCGGGUUAUCACGUGCUCUUUUGCCACGAGUUAACCCAAUCUCACUGAUUGGUGUAAGUACAACUACAACUGUCUGUAUUGUUUACCUCAUCUUAAUCAAUAUGUCAAAAAAGUCACAACAUAUCAACUUUCCAGACCCUUUGCCUGAUACUUUGGGCGGAAUAAUAAUUUCCCUUAUGUUAUUUGGAACAAUGAUGCCUAUGAUGUUGUACAGUGGCCGGAUACUACUUCAAACAACACCCGCUCAUUUGGUUAGCCCCUUAGAUAAAGCGCUUCGAGAAGCCUCUACAGUUGAUGGUGUUCUUGAGCUGCAAAAUGAGCACAUAUGGUCGAUUGGAUACAAGGACCUUGCAGGAAGUUUGUAUGUUCGUGUCCGCCGGGAUGCUAAUGAGCAGUUGGUUCUAGCACACGUAACCAACCGUCUUUCCAGUUUAGUGAAAUAUUUAACAAUACAGGUUUAUAAAGAUGACUGGACGCGAGCAACAAACUCGUUUAUUAUGAAUUGGUCACCCGCAAACAACGCACUGUAUAACCAGAACAUUCCUGGUACACAAGUUAGACCUGAUCUAAAGCAUAAUUUACCGUCAUCUUUACCUGCAUCAGCCUCACAUCACAAAACGCAGGAAGACAGUUAUCAGGAACCUCAAGUUAAUCCCAAUCAUUAUAUCUAUGCGUAA